AUGCAAGCAGAACGGACUGCAUCCAAGGAUGCCGUGAAGGUUAGCUUGUAUAUGAAGCAUUUUUUUUGCGCGUAUCGCAUCUUACCCCGAGACGCUUUCCCAUUCGAGUGGCUGGAAACUACAAAGGAGUUCAAGGUGCGAUGUAAUGACACCACCGGGGAGGAGAUAAUUUUCCCAGCUUCUCCAGAGCUCCUAAAGGCUAUCCACAACUGCGAGAAUGUUAACUUCCCAAAUCAAGGAUACCACCUCCCAAGCGACUGGGGCUUUUCUGGCUUCAUAAGCAGUGCCGUCUACUAUGUCAUACAAAAAUCUCCUGUUGCCGAGAUAAACGAUUUCUUUGGCCCCCUCUUCGGAAUCCUAGGCGCCACCCUGCGAUUGGAUUCCUCCAGGUCCAUCACGGGGGUGCGCUGGAUGCAUCUCAGCGAUAACCACUGGAGCUGCAUAAUGCGGGACUGGACGUAUGACAGAGACAUGCCAGAAAACAGUAGAGGCUUUCUUCUAAAGGCCGAACUGCUGGCCGUCUCCUCGAUCUUCUUCCGUCAGAUGAACGAGAUGAUUUGGAACUGUGAGACCUACCGGUACCGGGCCAGACCCAGAUACAAGGAAGGAAUCUUGACUACUGUUAAGGCCACGGUUGCGACGUUCAUCUGUGGUGAAGUACGCAUAGUUCAAGCAACUUUGAACCCAUCAGAACCAUAUCCAACACUCGCCUUUACGCUGAGGGCUGUCAUUAAACUCAACAAGGAGAACUAUAGUAAAGAGGCAGCCUAUGAGGUUCUGAAAUGGAUUCUUUGUCCUCCCGAGGCCCCCAAAGUGCUCGCCACGAGAGAAAAGAAGUAG